AUGCCGCCAUCUUCUCAUCCCAAACAGCGCGAGACCCAGCGCGUCAUGUCGCGUGGGGUGCGUGCUAAGGAGGACAGCUUGUAUCUCAAGUGGAGUGUGGUGAUGAAUCCAAGCGAGCUACUACGGGAGCUUGUUGGCAACCGCGAGCAUGCCCGAGCCCUCUUCCAUGGACUGAGGCGCCAGGUCAAGUCUAUCCGCAACCGCUCGCAGUCCUACGAUGAUGGCCAGGUCACAAUCUAUGACCGUGUUCUCCUUCGUCUCUAUGACGAGGGACACACUAUGCAACACUAUGGUCUCCUCGAAUUUUACCUGGCCGAGUAUCUGGGGACUAAGACUUGUCGCUCGGAGGAUGAGAACAAAUCGGUCAUUGCUGCUCAUUUUGCUGCCCAGCGCAUCCUAGACAGUGGCCCUAUUCCAAAAAUCCCGACCAUUGAAGCCGAUACAGCGGAAGGUACCAUCGAAGAUAUUAAGGCCAGCCAUUCGCCACAGAGCUCUGGCGCAUCAAACUCACACCACAUCGACAAGCUGAUCCAGGUGUACCAGAAGGCCAAGGCCGACUAUUACAUCCUUGAGGUCACCGAGAGCCACCGCGAGCGAACCAACAGCGUCCGAUUCCUCCGUGACACUGCCGAGAAUCUCCUGCGAUACAUGAAGUCAGUCGACAAAGACCACGAUUUGAUUCCUGAAAUCGAAAAUAUCAUUCAGGUCAGCCAGGCGCACGCAAAUCAACUCGCCGGCGGCCGCAAACGUAAGUUUGAGCACACAGACAACGAUUCGAGGGGUAGCCCAAGCCUCAGCCCCAACCGACCCUACGGAUACUACGGAGACCACCGCGGAGGAUCUAGCCGUUGGGACAGAUAUGUCCCCGAGAAUGACACAUGGGACCAUAGCCAUAAGGGUGGAUGGGACCAUAGCCAUGUCAACAGAAGAAUCGGAUGGGGUAGUCGUGUCUUCGACUCCUACCGUCCUUCUUAG